AUCCCAUCCACUCUAACAAAUUCCUCUCCACGAAUAAUACCUGAAUUACUCCCUUAAACCUUCAGUCUGGUUUAUCUCCCUCACACAAAAUCAUAUGUGUUGCACAAGAACAAGAACAAAGAGAGGUGUUACUGGUUCAAAUUCAAGCAGGAUCCAGCUGAAAAGAAAGGAGUAUAUGUAAAUGUAAAUAUGUACGUACAUACAUCGACUGAUAUCAUGGCAACUAUAUCAGCAGGAGGAGUUGGAGUUGGAUUUGGAGGUGGUUCCGUUAAGCUCAACUCCCUCAAUUCAUUACCACCAUCUCCAUUUUUAGGCAAAAGGUUAAAACUCAAGCCUUUACAAGAAUCCACUUCACAUGGAUCAAAAGUCACAAUCUUGAGGCCGAAUUUACACUCAACUGUUGUUGCUGGAGUUCAGUUGGUUGAUUUUGUUCAUGAUGUGUUUUUGGGCGUUGGAGUUGGUCUUCCUUGUACAGUGAUGGAGUGUGGUGAUAUGAUUUACAGAAGCACAUUACCAAGAUCGAAUGCCUUAACACUCACGAUCCCUGGUGCUGUUUUGGCUUUGGGUACCCUUUCUUACCUUUGGGCUACCCCUGGUGUCGCCCCUGGGUUUUGGGAUAUGUUUGUUCUUGCUUUUGUUGAAAGAUUAUUCAGACCUACAUACAAAAAGGAUGAUUUUGUGUUGGGAAAGAAGUUGGGUGAGGGAGCUUUUGGUGUCGUUUACAGAGUUUCCUGGGCGAAGAAACCAUCUUCCAAGGAAGGCGAUUUAGUUCUUAAAAAAGCUACAGAAUAUGGUGCUGUUGAGAUAUGGAUGAAUGAGCGUGUGAGGAGAGCUUGUUCAAAUAGUUGUGCUGAUUUCCUCUAUGGCUUUCUUGAGAAAUCUUCAAAGAAAGAAGCCGAAUAUUGGCUCAUAUGGAGAUUCGAAGGGGAAUCCACACUUGCUGACUUGAUUCAGAGUAAAGAAUUCCCCUAUAAUGUUGAAUCAAUGAUUCUUGGAGAAAUGCAAGACUUACCAAAAGGAUUAGAAAGAGAAAAUCGAAUCAUUCAAACAAUUCUCAGGCAACUCUUGUUUGCAUUAGAUGGGCUUCACUCAACAGGAAUUGUUCACAGAGAUAUCAAACCUCAAAAUGUUAUUUUUUCCGAAGGGUCUCGAACAUUCAAGAUUAUCGAUUUGGGAGCUGCAGCAGAUUUGCGAGUAGGCAUCAAUUAUAUCCCCAAAGAGUUUCUUUUAGAUCCAAGAUACGCAGCACCUGAGCAAUAUAUUAUGAGCACACAAACUCCAUCUGCUCCAUCAGCUCCAGUUGCAGCUGCACUUUCUCCAGUUCUAUGGCAGUUAAACCUCCCAGAUCGAUUCGACAUUUACAGCACUGGUCUAAUAUUACUACAAAUGGCAUUUCCUUCAUUCCGAUCAGACAGUGGUUUGAUUCAAUUCAAUCGCCAAUUAAAAAGAUGCGAUUAUGACCUAAUUGCAUGGAGGAAAAGCGUAGAGCCACGUGCAAAUGGGGAUUUAAGAAGAGGAUUCGAGUUGUUGGAUUUAGAUGGUGGAAUCGGAUGGGAACUUUUGACUUGUAUGGUUCGAUACAAAGCUCGACAAAGAGUUAGUGCAAAAGCGGCUUUAGCACAUCCGUAUUUUGAUAAAGAAGGUCUUCUUGCUUUGUCGAUUAUGCAGAAUCUUAGGCUGCAGUUUUUCAGAGCCACACAGCAGGAUUAUAGUGAAGCUGUGAAAUGGAUCGUUGAGCUUAUGGCUAGAUCGGGCACAAAGAAAGAUGGUGGAUUCACUGAAGCCGAGCUUCAAGCACUUAAAGAAAUAAAGCCAAAGAAGAAGGCAAAUGCACAAAGAAAUGUUCUUGCAUCAGUCCUUCGGUUUCAAAGGAAGGUCUUGAAAACAUUGAAUGAAAGCAUGGACGAAUUUAACCAAGGAAGGAAGAGCAUGUGGUGGAGUAGAUGGAUUCCAAGAGAGGAAUGAAAGAGAUCAUAUGUAUAUAUGUUUACAUACAUAAUAAUAAUAAAAUAAAUACAUCGCCCAUACAUGCAUACGAUAUUUGUAAAUUUGUGUAGCCAUCGUAUUUGCUUUUUAAGAAGUGAAAAAAGAGUUGAAGUAUAUUUGUUGCAUUAAUAGG